UUAAGGUCUUUUAAGUGUUUAUAAACCAGGAACAACGGUAAUUACUACCUAGUCAGUAUCCAGGUGAAUUUUGAAAGGAUAAGUCAGAAACAUGAAUUUUCCAAAAUAUUUUCUUGGAGAAAUAAUGCGAAAAUAAUGUGCUCUUGAUAUGGCAACAUCGAAAGACGGCGACUCCGCAUCAGCUCAGAAGGACAGUAAGCUUUUCAUUGCGGCCAUAGACUUGGGAACUUCAUUUUCUGGGUGGGCAUUUGCCACUAUUUCGGAUCUGGAGCAAGAAAUAAAGCCUAAUAUAUAUAUUAAGUCUUGGUAUUCAACAUACACGCAAUUUGCAACAGGAAAAACUACAACAUGCGCUUUGAUAAAACCAGACGGUCAAACCCUAGACUCAUUUGGCUACGAGGCAGAGAGAAAAUAUGACGAUUUAGUAUCAAAGAAACAACACGAUAGUUAUUUCUUCUUUAAAAACUUCAAAACUAGUCUGUAUGGAAAAUAUUACCAGGUAAAAUUCUUUUCAUAAUUGGAAAAAAUUAUAUACCGUCGUUUUGUACAAAGGUAUAUGUAUGCUUUUAGUAUUUAUCAUUUUAACAUUCAUUCAUUGCAUAUAUGCUUGCAUAUCUCUGACGCUUAAUUUUAAUAAUUAAAUAUGACUGUUUUGUAUACAGGUUAUAUUGACUCAAUCAAAUCGAGUCUGCAAUUUCAUAAAAAAUUCUUGUAUUUAAAG